GAAGCCGGCGGGUUUCCGAGGGAAAUAGAAGCGGGGGAAGGCUGCCUUAAAUAUCUUCUAGUUUCGUUGAUUCUUUGCUACCAAAGUUUACGACACCAAUACAAUGGCUGACCAACUCACCGAAGAACAGAUCGCAGAGUUCAAAGAGGCUUUCUCCCUGUUUGAUAAGGAUGGCGAUGGCACCAUCACCACAAAAGAAUUGGGCACUGUAAUGAGAUCAUUGGGACAGAACCCCACUGAGGCAGAGCUCCAGGAUAUGAUCAAUGAGGUGGAUGCUGAUGGCAAUGGUACAAUCGACUUUCCAGAAUUCCUCACCAUGAUGGCACGGAAGAUGAAAGACACAGACAGUGAGGAGGAGAUCAGAGAAGCCUUCAGAGUAUUUGAUAAGGAUGGCAAUGGUUACAUCAGUGCGGCAGAGUUGCGUCACGUUAUGACAAACCUGGGGGAGAAGCUGACAGAUGAGGAGGUGGAUGAGAUGAUCAGGGAGGCAGACAUCGAUGGCGAUGGACAGGUCAAUUACGAAGAGUUUGUGCAAAUGAUGACUGCAAAGUGAAGCACUUUUUACAUUGCCUGUUCUCCUUUUGAUCACUCUGUCUAAAAAUAAAUAAAAUAAAUACAAAAAAAAAA